GAGGCGGCCGCGGACCGCGGGGGCUCCGCACCGGCUCCGCGCUCGGCCUGCGCCUUUUCCGCCGCGAGGGAUCGCGGCCCGCCGGCUGCUUCCGAGGAGUUGCGUAACUGGGGGAGCCGAGCAGUAGGAUGAGCUCUCCUGUGGAUCCCAGGAUCAAACAGGCGCUGCGGAAGAAACCUUCGGAGAGGACCCAGGAGGACUUAAAUACUAUCUAUUCUUUCCUUCAUGGACUGGACAUACUCUCACAUUUCAGGGAACAUCAACUAAGAAUAAUGUCAUCAAGUGCCCGCUAUGAAAGGUACAAGGGCAACCAAGUUCUCUUUUGCUCAGAAACUAUUGCAAGAUGCUGGUAUAUACUGCUUUCGGGAUCUGUGCUGAUGAAGGAUUCCAUGUUUUUACCACCUUGCAGUUUUGGCAAGCAGUCUGGAGGAAAACGAGGAUGCGAAUGUAUCAUAUUGGAGCCUUCAGAAAUGAUUGUGGUUGAGAACUCCAAAGACAAUGAAGAAAGCAUCUUGCAAAGAGAGGUUCCUCUCAGGCAGUCUCGCCGACGGUUCAGGAAGAUCAACCAGCGGGGAGAGCGGCAGACCAUCACCGACAAUGUGGAUUCCAGUAGUUACCUCUCGCUUCCAGCUGAUCUUACCAAGAUGCAUCUUACAGACAAUCCUCACCCUCAGGUGACUCAUGUCCCUUCGAGCCAGUCUGGAUGCAGCAUCGCCAGUGACUCUGGGAGCAGCAGCCUGUCUGAUAUUUAUCAGGCUACAGAAAGUGAGAUGGGAGAUGUUGAUUUAACAGGUCUUCCAGAAGCACCUGUAGAUUCUGAAGAUGAAGAAGAAGAAGAAGAUGAAGAUAUUGACAGAACUUCAGAUCCACUUCUAGGGAGAGAUGUUGUACGAGAGUGCCUUGAGAAAGAGCCUGCGGAUAAAACAGAUGAUGAUAUUGAACAAUUAUUGGAAUUUAUGCAUCAGCUCCCUGCCUUUGCAAACAUGACUAUGUCUGUAAGAAGAGAACUUUGUUCUGUGAUGAUAUUUGAAGUGGUAGAACAAGCGGGAGCCAUCAUACUGGAAGAUGGGCAAGAACUCGAUUCUUGGUACGUUAUUUUAAAUGGCACAGUGGAAAUCAGCUAUCCUGAUGGGAAAAGCGAGAGUCUCUGUAUGGGUAAUAGUUUUGGAAUUACUCCCUCUCUGGACAAACAGUACAUGAAUGGCGUGGUUAGAACCAAAGUCGAUGAUUGUCAGUUUGUGUGUAUAGCGCAGCAAGACUACUGGAGGAUACUGAACCAUGUGGAAAAAAACACUCAUAAAGUGGAGGAAGAAGGAGAAAUUGUUAUGGUAAAAGAACACAGGGAGCUGGAUCGCAGCGGGACCAGGAAAGGGCACAUAGUUAUCAAGGCAACACCUGAGCGACUCAUCAUGCAUUUAAUAGAAGAGCAUUCUAUUGUGGAUCCAACUUACAUAGAAGAUUUCCUUUUAACGUACAGAACGUUUCUAACAAGCCCCUUAGAAGUUGGGAAUAAACUCCUGGAGUGGUUCAAAGUGGACAGCCUCAGGGAUAAGGUUACCAGAGUCGUCUUACUGUGGGUGAACAACCAUUUUAAUGAUUUUGAAGGAGAUCCUGCUAUGACUCGAUUUCUGGAAGAAUUUGAAAAAAACUUAGAAAAUACGAAAAUGAAAGGACAUCUCAGAUUACUGAAUAUUGCUUGUGCUGCCAAGGCAAAAUGGAGACAAAUUACCCUGCAAAAACCUUCUAGAGACUCGCCGCUCUUCUUCAGCCUCCUUGGAGGAAGUGACAAAGGUUUUGGUAUUUUUGUAGAGACUGUAGAAAUGGGCAGUAAAGCAGCAGAAGCUGGACUGAAGCGUGGUGAUCAGAUAAUGGAAGUAAAUGGACAGAAUUUUGAGAACAUUACGUUUGUAAAAGCUCUGGAAAUCUUAAGGAACAAUACACAUCUCUCCAUUACUGUAAAAACAAACAUUUUUGUGUUCAAAGAGCUGCUUUGCAGGAUAGGACAAGAAAAGAAUGGAAUUCCACAUAUUCCCAAAAUUGCUGAAAAGAAAAACAACCGUUAUUCCAUCCCAGAUAUGCCUGGAGAUGUGGAGCAGAUGUUUCCACGUGAAAAAGGGAACAAGAAAAUCAAAGCAAACACUGUAUCUGGUGGGAGAAACAGAAUCAGGAAAAUUUUAGACAAGACACGGUUCAGCAUCUUGCCUCCAAAACUGUUUAGUGACGGUAGCGUGAGCCAGUCGCAGGACGAUAGCAUCGUUGGAACGCGGCAGUGCAGGCACAGCCUGGCGAUCAUGCCUAUUCCUGGGACCCUCUCGUCUAGCAGCCCUGAUCUGUUGCAGCCUACGACUAGCAUUCUGGAUUUCUCUAAUCCUUCAGAUAUUCCAGAUCAAGUAAUCAGAGUUUUCAAAGCAGAUCAACAGAGCUGUUACAUUAUCAUCAGCAAAGACACUACAGCCAAAGAAGUUGUGAGCCACGCUGUGCAUGAGUUCAACCUGACGGGAGCCCCGGACACCUACUCGCUCUGUGAAGUGUCUGUCAGCCCGGAGGGGGUCAUAAAGCAAAGGAGGCUUCCGGAUCAGUUCUCAAAACUGGCGGACAGGAUUCAACUCAAUGGACGGUAUUACCUGAAAAACAAUAUGGAGACGGAGACACUAUGCUCCGAUGAGGAUGCUCAAGAGUUACUGAGAGAAAGCCAAAUCUCCCUUCUGCAGCUUAGCACCAUUGAGGUUGCCACGCAGCUUUCUAUGAGAGACUUUGAGUUAUUUCGUAAUAUUGAGCCUACAGAAUACAUUGAUGACCUUUACAAGCUGGACUCCAAAACAGGAAACGCUCGCCUAAAACAGUUUGAGGAUGUCAUAAAUCAAGAGACGUUCUGGGUUGCCAUGGAAAUUUUAGCAGAGCCCAACCAACUCAAAAGAAUGAAGAUUAUUAAGCAUUUCAUUAAAAUUGCCCUCCACUGUCGAGAAUGCAAGAAUUUCAAUUCCAUGUUUGCAGUUAUAAGUGGGUUAAAUCUAGCACCAGUAGCACGUCUCAGAGGUACUUGGGAGAAGUUACCAAGCAAGUAUGAAAAACACCUUAGAGACCUUCAAGAUCUUUUUGAUCCAUCUAGAAACAUGGCAAAAUACCGCAACAUCCUUAGCAGUCAGAGCAUGCAGCCUCCAAUUAUUCCACUCUUUCCCGUUGUCAAGAAGGAUAUUACAUUUCUACACGAAGGAAAUGAUUCAAAAGUGGAUGGCCUGGUAAAUUUUGAGAAACUCAGAAUGAUCGCCAAAGAAAUCCGCCAAGUUGUCAGGAUGACCUCGGCGAACAUGGAUCCGGCCGUGAUGUUCAGACAAAGGAAGAAGAGGUGGAGAAGUUUGGGGUCUCUGAGCCAGGGCAGUACAAACUCAAACAUGCUCGAUGUACAGGGAGGCGCUCACAAGAAACGUGCCCGACGCAGCUCGCUUCUGAAUGCCAAGAAACUGUAUGAGGAUGCCCAGAUGGCAAGGAAGGUGAAGCAGUACUUGUCCAACCUGAAUGUAGAAACAGAUGAAGAAAAGAUCCAAAUACUGUCACUUCAGUGUGAGCCUGCAUAUAGCACUCUGACCAAGAAUUUAAGUGAGAGAAGAGGGACAAAAUCCUCAGAAAUGUCUCCAGUACCAAUGAGAUCAACUGGCCAAACCACCAAAACCCAUCAGCAUCAACAAAACAGAAUGAGUCAAGUGCUUCAGGUUCCCUCUGUGAACUUGUACCCCAGCAGGAAAAAGGGACUAACGAAGGAGCAUGUCACAUUCAGUACAGGCUCCCCACAGAAGUCAUUAAGCUUGUCUGAGGAAGUAAGUAGUAAGAAACAAACAGAUGACACUAUGUCUAUGGCAUCUUCUUUGCACUCCAGCCCUCCUGCUUCUCCUCAGGGCUCUCCCCGCAAAGUUGGUAACAUCCAGAGGUCUGAUAACUGCAGUCAGAUGAACCUGUCUGGGUCUUCCUCAUCACUUGCCAGUGAGGCCAGCAACAAGAACAGUGGACAGCGCAGCUAUGGAAUAGGCUAUGCCCUCAUACCUUCCACUAAGUCUGAUAACUUCUCGGAUUCCAGUCACAGCGAGAUUUCCUCCCGCUCCAGCAUAGUGAGUAACUGCUCGGUGGACUCCAUGUCCGCAGCGCUGCAGGAUGAGAGGAGUUUGCCCCAGUCUCUCAUCGUCGUGGACUCGAUGGGGGCAGAAAGGAAGGAGCAUCCGCAGCCGCUAGCCGAUUACACCCAGCCUUGCCCGGGCUGGUCCCUCAGUAGGCCUGCCCUAAUCAGAGGGAUGGCUUUCACCUCGUCCAUGAGCAGUGAGGAGAUCUCCCACGAACACAUCAUGGUCGAGGCGGCAGACAGCGGCCGGGGAAGCUGGACUUCGUGCUCAAGUAGUUCUCACGAUAACUUCCAGAAUAUCCCAAACCAGAAGAGCUGGGAUCUCCUCAAUUCUUACCGUCACACCCAGCUGGACGGACCUAUAGCUGAAGUUGAUCCCACAAAUUGUUACUCUGAGGAGGCUUAUUUAUAUUCUGAACCCUUUUCCAAAAAUAACAGGCAGUCGAAAGCCAACCUGGAAGUCGAUCAGUCUCGGCAGAGCUGGGCCUCCUCCAGCUCCCUCUCAGACACGUACGAGACAAACUAUGGGACGAUUAAGCGGAGGGGGCUGGAGAACUCUACAGCGGAGCAGACAGAGGUUUUGGACUCUAAACCAGGCUCCGAUACAACUUACAAAACUGUUACUUCAAGUACCGAAAAAGGCCUAAUAGUGUACUGUGUCACCUCACCUAAGAAGGACGAUAGGUAUAGGGAGCCACCGCCCACCCCUCCGGGAUACAUGGGGAUUUCUUUAGCAGACAUAAAGGAAGGAUCGCCCCAUCACCCGCACCUCAAACCUCCAGACUAUAGUGUGGCAGUGCAGAGGUCAAAGAUGCUGCACGGUGACCUCUCUAGACUUUCAUCGGCUUCUCUCGGUAGUGACCCGGUGGCCUGUAUGUCCUCGAAGACGCCUCAGUGGCAUGGUCGGCAGCCGUCCAGCCCCAAGCUAGCAGAUGUGACUGACGCAGAUAGUGAAGAGGAUGAAGACGAACAAGUAUCAGCAGUGUAACGAUUGGGCUAUCUGUGUAAACCACUUCGAACCCGCAGGGCGUGGGAAGAAGGACCACACGAUUCUGUUAGCUAACGCUAACAACUUGCUGCUACUAACCUCAGAUGUUGUGUUUGCCUCUGCCAUGGACAAGAUGCAACUGGCUGGCUCAUACAGCUCUGCCUUGCUUCAGUCUGCCACAGCCGAAGAGAAGUAUUUCUGCCCGUGAAAUGGGCAACAGUUUUCAAAGCACGGACGGACCAGCUGGGUACUGAAACCAGUAUCACGAGAUGGACCAGUCUUCAUGCUUUUGGGGGGGGUCUAGUCGUUGACACCACUUGAAGCUUGGAAGCUUUCUUCUGUAUAAUACCGUAUAAUCCUUUGGUAGUUUUCCAUCAUCAUCAUUUUCUACGUUAUAAAUCUAAGAGUAUUAUUUUAUGAACUUCAGAAAAAUAUCACAAUGUCAGCAAAACUGAGGGACACUGCUGCAGUAUCUAAAAGUAAUUUAUUAAUUUAAAAAUGUUUUGGGGAAUUUCCUUUAUUUUUUGUUGAGCGUGCUCUGGUUGGCUAAUACGCAUUUAAUCGAUGUGAGAGUAAGCUGGCUACAUGUAAACCCUUGUGCUCUCAAAAUAACCACAGAGAACUAGGGGCCCAUGCAAUGGGACGUUAUCAGGUGCAGAAAGACUUGGAGUUUAGGGCGUUGGGGGGGUUGAAUACUAAACCUUAAAGGAAGUAGUAGUCUGGUACAGCCUGUCCGCGCUGGGCGUGGAGGCACUGCCGCCUGCUGGUCCUCUCUGCGAAGGACGAAGCCAAACCCUGCAGCCCUGCGCCUCCUCCUUGGAGAUGUUCUGAUUGCCAGCUGAGGAGGCUGCUGGCCUUCUCCUCCCACCUGGAGUGAUCCUUCGGGCUGUGGAAGCUGGAGCUCAGAGGGAGCUGCUGGGGAAGUCUGAAGCGUCCUCAGAAGAGCUUCAGCCAGAUCUUCCCUGCAGAGUUCAGCGUGCAAAGCGUCUGGCUAGAAAUCCAGACUAGGCGGGGUUGUGGGUUUUAAGAUCAUCCCAUGCAAUCUGGCCUUUUACCAGAGUUUACCCAGGAUUUAGGUGCAAAGGUUACCUAAAAUAAAAUCAUCACCUCCUUUGCACAGGAAAAUUUACAAAACUGAACAUUAAAUGACACAAUACUCAUAUAUCUAUAUAAUAAACUGUAUGAUUGAGUCCCCAGAUCUGUUGUGCUCAUCUGGAGAAUACAGGUGGUCUCAAGGCCACCUUUAGUUUUUAAUCUUAGGUUAAAAUCCUGAUGUUGCUCAUGUCAAUGAAAGUUUUGACUUCAAGUCAGUAUUAACAUGUGAUAAUGUAGUUUGAUAGGGUCAGAUAAAUUGCUUAUUUGAUUUUACCUAGCCAACCAGAGUGCGUAGGGGUAAAACUGGAAAUACCCGCAUUUUCUUUCUUCUAGCACAUGAUGCCCCAUUCUAGUGUUAAAAUCAGACAUGAAUGUGUGAAUAUGUAUUUAAACAUUUAAUUGUAAAUCUUUGUUGUGAUGUUUACAGCCUAAGCUAGAAAGAAGAUGUUUGUCAUUUUUACAGUGCCUCAAAAAUUAUUUUUACAUCCUAAGUUGUGAAGAGCUUUAAGGUUUUUUUUUUUCUUUUUUUGUAUGUGUAUGUGGGGUGCAAGGUGAAUGCAGCAUUUUCUGCAAAUGCUACAAGUACCAAAAACGACCCAAAGCCUUUGAUGUGCUUUCCCCGUAUCAGGUUGGGUGAAUGCGCGUGACCACCCUGUGCUCGCGUUCAUGACUGUGCCGGGUUCAAUACCGCCCUGAAGCUGAACUUACCCUGUAUUGAUUAUUACUCUGAAGUCCUAAAUCAGCCGUGAGCUGCAACCCUGACAAAGGGGGGCCUAAUUCAUAAUUAAUUAGUUGGCUAUGUUAAUUUUUGGCACAAGCAUCUGAGGAGUAGAUGGUUUAAAAAAAAGAGCAAUCAUAGUAAAAAGGAGUGGAGGUUUUUCAUUAAAAAAUGCAUUUUGCUUUCUUGAGGCCUUAAUGAAUAUAACAAAUUUGCACAGGCCUUAAUGAGUAAAAAUUAAUCUAAGUGUCGAAACAGUGCAAGCAGAACAACUGUUUUCAACACAUGCAAUGCUGAUAUUACUGUUAAACUGGUAUUUUGUGGGAUAUAAAUCAAAAGUUCUAGCAAUCCCACUGUAAGCUGCUGCUUAACUUUUUGAAGUGCAGUGCACAAGCUUAAUGAUUCAUCAGAAGAUCACGUGUUUUGUGCCAGGUAAAUUAAAUGAUAACCUUUCCGUGACCUCAGAUUUUGAACUGUAGUUUUUCAGCCUCUUGGACACGAGUAGAAGGGAUAAAGGGUGGCUGUUAAAGUGACUUCCGUCUCCCCAGCGAGCCUCGGAGGGCUUUCCUCGCCGUCGCGCUGCGAUCCCCGGGACCCCGGCCCCAGCGGCUGGCGGCCCGCGCGAGCCGCGUCUGCGGAAAUUGCCCGUUUAAGCCCGAUGUUUGCCCAUCAGCAGCAUCAGUCUGUUCUGCAGUACUUUUCAGGACACUGAAAAGUUUUUAAAGUGAGCGAAAGUCUUGCUAAUCAUAUUUUCCUAAUGUCCAAUACAGCUGAUGUAAAUAAAUCACGCGUAAACUAUUGACAGACGCGCUCCUCCUCCUGCUUCUCCGCACUUGCACAGUGUGGCUUGCCUUUGCUUGUCCUGGCUGUGAUAUUUUUUGUUUGUUUGUUUGUUUUUUUAAAUCAACCGAUCACAUUGAUCGGGGCUGAUAGCCAAAUGUAGUGUGUCUGGUAUGGGUUUGAAGAGACAUUGUCCCUUUCUUCAGUAAUUAAAAGGGAAGUCAGACUGUGGCUAGUACUGGUUAUACACUGCUUUAUUGAAGUGAUGUCUUCUGGAUCACAGGUUUUUUUAAUUAGUACCUGCGCUGGGUUCCCUCAAUUCCUUUCCUCUUUCCUCGUCUGACUUGUGAUGGAUGAUUAAGAUGCCUGAAGUGAUGCUCUUCCACUGCCAUGCCGGGAUUUGCUGCUUUUCUCCUGUUCGUUUGCUUGUGGCUUGUUGUGGGUGAAAGAUUUGUUUCAACUAUUUGUGGUUUAAACAUUAAGUAUUUCCUCGUGCUAUUUAAACCAUGAUCUUCAAAUAAUUCACAAAGAGACGUCGCAGCUCUGUGAACUGAACUGGCCUCUGCAGUUGCCGAAAAGGGAAAAUUAGAUCAGUGAGUCUCCGCGGACUGGUUUCACCUCCCAUACGUACGAUAUAAUGAAAAAGAAAUUUCUGCAGAUACUUGCAGUAUGUUUUCUUUGAGAUGCGUACGUGUAGGAAGGGAGGGGGAUUUGCUAACGACUGGCACCGUGAUGCUUUCCUUGGCUCGCUUGUUCUGCCCUUACUGGCGCGAGCGGUGUCGUAGUGGCCGCAGCGGGAGGAAAUACAAAUUUGUUGUUUAAGUUUUUAUAAAGCAUCAGAAUUAUAUAUAUAUUUUUUGAGAUAUACUUACCACAGCCUUCCCCAAAACAGAAGAAGAAAGGGAUACUCUCUCUUCAGAAAAGCUUUACACAUUAUAUUUUAGGGCGCUUGUAUAUAGGGUGAUCUACCUGGGAUUCCCAUUGCAGCUUCCGCUUACGUUGUGCUUUUCAUUGUUUUAUCUUUAUUUUUGAUAUCCCUGGAAUGCAGUUUAGCUUGGUAUUAAUUAAAUUUUAAAUGUGUGAGCAUAUUGGCAAAACUGCACAGAUGUAAUGAUAUUCCAAUAGCAAUUGUACUGCACAAGUCAGUGAUUGUAAAGUAUUCUGUAACAAGCAAUGUUUGUCUCCUAUUUUUUGAUACCUCUUACACUUAUGUCUUUUAGAAAGACAGUGCCUCUGUAUGCUUUUUGUAUUUUUACUGAGUGAUUGUAAAUAUUUGUUAUA